AUGGAGCCGGAGAGACCGGGAAUCCAGGGGCAAAGCUACUCUUUUCCUUUUCAAAAACCUCGCCCUUCCCUUCCCCUCCCCUGGUUCAUCUCCCCCUGUCCCCUUGCCGCGCCGCGCGACUCUCGUCAAUCAUCGAUGGUUCUCAUGGCGGCCGCCUCCGACGACCAUCACCACCGCCGCCGCCAUCGUGCGGCGAAACGCUCGCUGACUCCGCCCCAGCCCGAGUCCCCGUCCCCGGCCCCAGCCCCACUCGAUUGCUUCUCCUUCACCUGGGGCGUGCGACGCCGCCUCCGCUGCUCCAAGGACGGCGCCCCCGUCACCGCCACCGCGUUGCCGUCUCCUCCCCAGCAGCCGGUCACCCCGUCGCCGGACAAGGAGAAGACGCCCCAGGGCGACGCCGCAGGCUCCUCCUCCCGGCCGCAGCGGUCCCGGUACCUCCGCCCGCUCCGCUACACCGCGACGAAUCCCGCGUCCAGAUCAACGGACGCCGGCGCGGGGCAGGCGCUCCACUCGCCCGCCUCCGCGCCUCCGGCGCCGCCGACGGAGCCGCAGCAGCCUAGGAAGAGGGGAUUCGCCGUCGCCCUCACCAAACAGGAGAUCGCCCGGGACUUCGCCGCCGUCCGCUGCAAGCGCCCGCCGCGCCGCGGCAAGAAGCGGUCCAAAGCCCAGCAGGCCAAGAUCGACGUAAGCAUCCGAUCCCCAACUCACAUGCGAUUCCUUCCUUCCUCAUGCAGGCGCUGUGCAUUGAUUAAGAGAUCUAUCUUGGGUCCGCCUCGGUGUUUGAUUAAGAGAUUCUCGCUCCUUGGAUUGGAACUGCAGGCGCUGUGCCCGGGAUUCUUCCUCUCGACGGUGGACCUGGACAACUACAAGAUCGAUGAUAACAAUAAUAGGUGA